CAUUUGGAAAUACGAUGUCUGGUGGUAGCGAGAAAAGUUUGUUUUGAGUUACAAAUACAUGAUAUUUAUCCAGGACUGAUGAGCACACAGAAGGCAAGGAUGUUGUAGCUGUCAGAACAGGCUCUCUCGUGCCUAUUCCCGCCCUCUCCUCUCUGCCUCCUGCCCUUUUUUUGCUAAAAGAGGAGGGUCUGUGGAAGUAAUUCAAUACCGACUCAAUUCAUGACUGUUACUGUAAGCUGUUGAACUGCCCUGACAAGUGCAGGGGUUCAAACAUAUUAGGGGACUGAAGCUGGUUGGUUUACAUCUCCACACAGCUGAAAUCUUCAGCUCCACUCAGAUGAGGAAGUUUUUAAGGGAGAAAUUAAAUCCUGAGCAGCAAAAAAAAAAAAAAAAGAAGGUGGGAAAAUUUGGCACGGCUUCAAAUGACUCUUUCAGGAGAAUGAAACAGGGAGCCUAUCAUCUAACAUGUCUUCAGAGGAAAGUGCAGUGAGAGAAGUGGCCGAGAGUGAAACGGAUUGUUCUGAGGGGCUGGAUGAGGCUGUCCGGGGCCACCUCGCCAGCUCACCGCUGGAUCCAUUCCCAUCCAGAGAUUUCAGAGGGAAGUUUAAAAAGAUGCGGCAGAAGAAGCGGCCCACUAUUCUUGAAACAUCACCAGUGGGGAACGGAUACAAUAAACCUCCCAUACCUCCAGUCAGCUGUCCUCAGGGAGAAAGAGGUCCUCCAGCCAUGAUGCCCAUCAGCGUCGACCCGGACAGCAAGCCGGGCGAGUACGUCCUCAAGAGUCUGUUCGCCAACUUCACCAACGUGUCGGAGCAAAAGAUCCGCAUCAUCAUGGCUGAGCCGCUGGAAAAGCCAUUGUCUAAAUCACUACAAAGAGGGGAAGAUCCUCAGUUUGACCAAUUGAUAAGCACCAUGAGCUCACUGGCUGAAUACAGUCUCCCGUCCAUCUUGCGCACUUUGUUUGACUGGUACAAAAGACAAAAUGGACUAGAGGAGGAAUUGCACGAGUACCGACCGAGAGCCAACACCAAGUCCAAAAAUGAUGAGCAACAAAGGGACUAUCUACUUGAACGGAGAGACUUGGCAAUAGACUUCAUCUUCUCACUUGUACUUAUAGAAGUGUUGAAACAGAUGCCGCUCUAUCCAGCCCUCGACAGUUUGGUCAAUGAAGUUAUUAACUUAGCCUUUAAGCACUUUAGAUACAAAGAGGGAUACAACGGUCCUAACACUGCCAACAUGCACACGGUAGCAGAUCUUUAUGCUGAAGUCUUAGGAGUGUUAGCCCAAUCCAAGUUUCCUGCUGUGAAGAAGAAGUUUACGACUGAGCUGAAAGAGCUUCGGCAGAAGGAGCAGAGUCCUUAUGUGGUGCAGAGCACGAUUAGCCUCAUCAUGGGGGUCAAGUUCUUCCGAAUUAAAAUGUAUCCCGUUGAAGACUUUGAGGCUUCUUUUCAGUUCAUGCAGGAAUGUGCCCAGUAUUUUCUGGAAGUCAAGGAUAAAGACAUUAAACAUGCCUUGGCUGGGCUUUUUGUUGAGAUCCUGGUUCCUGUUGCAGCGAUGGUGAAGAACGAGGUAAACGUACCCUGCCUGAGAAAUUUCGUGGACAGUUUGUACGACACGACCUUGGACCUGUCCUCCAGGAAGAAACACUCUCUGGCCUUUUACCCCCUGGUGACAUGUCUGCUAUGUGUCAGCCAAAAGCAGUUCUUCCUCAACAGAUGGCACGUCUUCCUCAACAACUGCCUAUCAAAUCUAAAGAGUAGAGAUCCUAAAAUGGCUCGAGUUGCGUUGGAGUCUUUGUAUCGACUGUUGUGGGUCUACAUGAUAAGAAUAAAGUGUGAGAGCAACACUGCAACACAGAGUCGUCUCAACACCAUCAUAACAACACUGUUCCCCAAAGGAUCUCGGGGUGUGGUACCCAGAGAUAUGCCCCUCAAUAUAUUUGUAAAAAUCAUUCAGUUUAUUGGACAGGAACGGCUGGAUUUUGCCAUGAAAGAAAUCAUCUUUGACCUUCUAUGUGUUGGUAAACCUGCAAAAGCAUUUAGUCUCAAUCCUGAGAGAAUGACUAUUGGGCUGAGAGCAUUCCUGGUUAUCGCCGAUAAACUACAGCAGAAGGAUGGAGAGCCCCCCAUGCCGAAUACAGGCUGCACUUUGCCUUCUGGGAACACAGUCCGAGUGAAGAAAACAUACCUGAGCAAAACACUGACAGACGAAGACGCCAAAGUCAUUGGUAUGUCACAGUAUUACUUCCAUGUGCGAAAAGCUAUUGACAACAUCCUCAGGCAACUGGACAAGGAGGUGGGGCGCUGCAUGAUGCUGACCAAUGCGCUGAUGUUGAACAAGGAGCCUGAGGAAAUGAUCACAGGUGAAAGGAAGCCCAAGAUUGACCUGUUCAGAACUUGUGUUGCUGCCAUUCCUCGAAUCAUUCCAGAUGGGAUGUCCAAGUCAGAGCUCAUAGACCUGCUCUCUCGUCUGACUAUCCACAUGGAUGACGAGCUUCGCCUCAUUGCCCAGAAUUCCUUGCAAAGUCUUCUGUUGGAUUUCUCGGACUGGCGAGACGAUGUCUUGUUUGGCUUCACCAACUUCCUCCUGCGUGAGGUCCACGACACGCAUCAGGGGCUGUUGGACGGCUCCCUCAAAUUGUUGCUACAGUUGCUGACACAGUGGAGGCUAGCCCAGGCCACUCAGGGAAAGAACCAUGACACCUCCAAAACUCACACUGUGGAGCUGAUGCAGUCCAAUCUCAAGGUGCCUGCUGAGCGGGGCCCUCACUCCACCGUUCUCCACGCCGUGGAGGGACUGGCGCUCGUCCUGCUCUGCUCAUGUCAAGUGAGCACUCGCCGCCUGUCGAUCGCAAUUCUCAAAGAGAUCCGAAGCCUGUUUCUGACGAUCGGACAGUCCGAGGAGGAUGAUAAACCAAUGAUAGAGAUUAUGGAUCAGCUCAGUCCUGUGAUCCUGGAGAGUUUUGUUCAUGCUACGGUCUCUGACACGGCCGUGCUGCCGGCCGCUCACCCCGUGGACCUUCAGUGGCUCGUGGAGUGGAACGCAUUACUCGUCAACAGUCAUUAUGACAUCAGGAGCCCCUCUCACGUUUGGAUCUUUGCCCAGUCUGUCAAGGACCCUUGGGUGCUGUGUGUCUACAGCCUCAUCCGACAGGACAACCUGCCCAAGCACUGCCCCACUGCCCUCAGCUACGCCUGGCCUUACGUCUUCACCCGGCUGCAGAUGCUCAUGCCUCUGGUGGACCCCAACAAUCCGGUGUAUGCAAAGAAGACCAGCACUUCUGGCAGCGCUGAUAACUAUGUAACGCUGUGGAGAAACUACCUGAUCCUUUGCUUUGGGGUGGCCAAGCCUAGUAUUAUGAGCCACGGCCACCUGAGAGCCUCGACACCUGAGAUCAUAGCCUCUACACCUGACAGCGGUGUCAGCUCCGAUACCAAGGUUAUCGGAAGCCCAUCUGUGGCUUGGCUUCUGAAGCAGUUGGUUCCACUGAUGAGGGCGGAGAGCAUCGAGUUGACAGAAGCAUUAGUUCUGGGAUUCGGUCGAACGAAUUCACUCAUAUUCAGAGAGCUUGUGGAGGAGUUACAUCCCAUCAUGAAGGAGGCAUUAGAAAGAAGACCCGAGAACAAAAAGAGACGUGAGCGGCGAGACCUGCUGAGGCUGCAGCUGCUGCGCAUCUUUGAGCUUCUGGCUGAUGCGGGUGUUGUUAGUGACAGCACUAACGGGGCUCUGGAGCGAGACACCUUCGCCCUCGGUGCUCUGUUCCUGGAAUAUGUGGAUCUAACCCGAACGCUGCUGGAAGCCGAGAAUGACAAAGAUGCAGAGAUCCUCAAAGACAUUCGAGCUCACUUCAGUGCCAUGGUGGCCAACUUCAUCCAGUGUGUACCAGUGAGCCAUCGGUGCUUCUUGUUUCCACAGCAGAGUCUUCGGCAUCACCUCUUCAUCCUUUUCAGCCAGUGGGCUGGCCCUUUCAGCGUAAUGUUUACCCCUCUGGACCGCUACAGCGACAGGAACCAUCAGAUCACCAGAUAUCAGUAUUGUGCACUAAAAGCCAUGUCUGCUGUGCUCUGCUGUGGACCGGUCUUUGAUAACGUUGGCCUCUCUCCAGAUGGAUACCUCUAUAAGUGGCUGGAUAAUAUACUAGCCUGCCAAGAUCAGCGGGUCCAUCAGCUGGGCUGUGAAGUUGUUAUCUUGCUCCUGAAGCUUAACCCCGACCAGGUCAACCUCUUCAACUGGGCCGUGGAUCGCUGCUACACCGGCUCCUUCCAGCUUACAUCGGGCUGCUUCAAAGCCAUUGCUACAGUUUGCAGCAGCAGUAAAAACUAUCCAUGUGACAUAGUAACGCUGCUGAAUUUGGUCCUCUUCAAGGCAUCAGACACCAACAGAGAAAUUUAUGAAAUUUCAAUGCAGCUGAUGCAGAUUCUUGAGUCCAAGCUGUUCCUGUACUCUAAGAAGGUUGCCGAACAGAAACCUGGCAGCAUCCUGUAUGGCACGCACGGUCCACUGCCUCCUCUGUACAGCGUCUCCCUGCCCCAGCUCUCCAGCCAGCUCGCCCGGCAGUACCCGGAACUCACACUUCCCUUGUUUUCAGAGAUUAGCCAACGAUUCCCCACCACUCACCCCAAAGGGAGGCAGAUCAUGCUCACCUAUCUCCUGCCGUGGCUCGGUAACAUCGAGCUGGUGGACAGUGGUUUGCUGCUUCCUUCCCUCGCUCCUUCACCCCCAAGCUAUGACUCUGCAAACCCGCUGAACACAGGUUCAUCACACCAGCUUAAAGGCUCCGGCUGGGGAUCCUUACAGGCCACGUCUUUGGUUCUUAACAACCUCAUGUUCAUGACCGCAAAGUAUGGAGAUGACUUACCAGGAGCAGAGAUGGAAAACACCUGGAACGCUUUAGUCAGCAGUGAGAGGUGGAGCAACAAUCUGAGAACCAUCCUGCAGUUCCUCAUCAGCUUAUGUGGCGUCAGCAGCCACACCAGUCUUCUUCCAUACAUCAAGAAGGUGGUGACCUAUCUCUGUAGAAAUAACACCACACGAACCAUGGAGGAAUUAGUCUUUGAGUUACAGCAAACAGAUCCGGUCAACCCAGUGGUGCAACACAGCGACAGCCCGCCUUUCUAUUGCUUCACUGCCACAAGCAAGACGUCUGUAGCUUCAGGCACCACUUCAAGCAGCAACACUAUUGUAGCAGCCCAGGACAGCUUUCCUGACCUAGAUGACACCAAGACUGCAAAAGAAAAUGAUGAAAGGUAUUAUAAACAACAAUUUUUCACUUUCAUCUUUACUCAUUUAGGGCUGCUAACAGUCACACUGAUGUGUUUGUAUAUGUUCUCUAAUCUUAGGCUUAGUCACAUAAUGCGAGCACACAACCGUCUGGAAUCACGUUACAGCAACAGUUCUGGAGGAUCCUAUGAUGAAGAAAAGAGCGAACUUCUGCCCCCUUAUGCUGAUUGGCUGAUGGCUGUUUUUGAGAGCAACCAGCCCCAUCCUCUGCCUAUGCCUCUCAAUGGAGGAUGCUGGGCUCCUCUGGUGGACUUUUUACCUGAGACCAUCACUCCUAGAGGUCCUUUGCACAGAUGUAAUAUUGCAGUCAUCUUCAUGACAGAAAUGGUUGUGGAUCACAGUGUGAGAGAGGACUGGACCAUUCAUCUGCCUUUACUUCUGCACGCUCUAUUUCUAGGCAUGGAUCACUAUCGUCCAGAAGUGUUUGAGCACUGCAAGCGUCUCCUCCUCCACCUGCUCAUCACUUUGCCCUGUAACAGUAACUGUCAAGCCAUCGCAUCGGUUUUGCUACAAACGCGUGAGAUCAACGUCACCAAGACUCUCACCUGUAAACCAAGCCUUCAACCAGAGUUUUCAUCUUCAGGAGGAUUUGACUUUCUGCGGGAGUGCCAGGCCUCGCCCGUGCCAGACUCCGGCCUCAGCUCUUCCUCCACAUCAUCCAGUUUAAGUCUGGGAGGCAGCAGCAAUAAUCUGCCAGAGAUUAUGCAGGAGAUGGAGGAGAUGAUGGGCCCCGGGAAGACAAAUGAGAAGGCCAGCAAGCUCAUUGAGUUUUUAACAACAAGACCGUAUGGACCACUUUGGUGCCAUGAAGACAUUUCACCAAAGAACCAAACUUCCAAAAGUAUGUUACAGCUGACAAACUUUCUCAGACAUGUGUUGUCAGUGUUUAAAGAGUCCAAAUCAGAUUUCCAUCUGGAGCAACAACUUAGUGAGGUGGCCCUGCAAACAGCUUUGUGUAGUUCGUCUCGUCACUAUGCCGGCCGCUCCUUCCAGGUGUUCCGGGCCCUUCACCUGCCCAUCUCCGCCCAUGCCGUGUCUGACCUGCUCUCACGGCUUGUCGAAGUUGUUGGUGAACACGGAGAAGAAGUGCAGGGAUAUGUGAUGGAAGUCUUACUCACGCUGGAAUCUGUGGCUGAUAACUUGGCAGAAUGCCUCAAGAACAAUGAUCUGAUGGCUGCAUUGACGAGAGCCACAUCUCCAGACUUCCUUACAAGCCUCAAGCAGCUUUCCAACCGGAAAAGCACAGGACAGCUCAACCUAAGAAGAGAAGAGAGGAUCCGGCACCAGAGGAGCUCCUCUGUUCCUAAAAAGUUCGGAGAGGCGGACAAGUUCUCAGAUCCGCCCCGUAGCGCCACGCUCGACCGCAUCCAGGCCUCUGAACAGCAGGGCCUGCUGGCAAAGAUCCGGGGCUCGUCUGCUCUCAAAGAAAACGUCACCGACCCAAUGAGCAUCAACCACCCCAGCAACCUGAUGGCCACCAUCUUCUGGGUGGCAGUGUCCCUGAUGGAGUCAGACUUUGAGUUUGAAUAUCUGAUGUCUCUACGACUGCUGAACAAACUUCUAGCCAACAUGUCACUAGACAAGCAGGAGAACAGGGAGAAGCUGGAGAAGCUGCAGAGUCAGCUGAAGUGGAGCAGUUUCAGUGGCCUCCAGCAGCUGCUGUUGAAGGGCUUCACCUCUCUGUCCACCACUGACCUCACGCUCCAGCUCUUUUGCCAACUUGCACCUGUAUCGCGAGUCCCUGUAGUGGACACUUCACAAGCCAUAGGUUUUCCGUUGAAUGUUCUCUGCCAGCUUCCACAUCUUGUGCAGCAUUUUGAUGCGCCCACACAGUUCUGUCAAGAGGUUGCUGAGAAAAUUGCUCAGGUUUGCCACGAAGAGAAAAAUGCCAAACUCUCCAACCUCGCUCACGUCAUGACCCUGUAUAAAACACGCUCCUACACGCGCGACUGCUUCUCCUGGGUCAACGUCAUGUGUCGGUAUCUUCACGAAGCUUUCCCAGACGUCGCGCUGAAUCUGGUCACUUAUAUGGCUGAGCUGUUGGAAAAGGGCCUGCCCAGCAUGCAGCAGACGCUUUUACACAUCAUUUCCAGCCUUCUGAGUCACAUGGACCUGAGUGGAAUUCAAGCCAAACCCUUUAACAUGGAGGUUCUAAAGACCAUCGAAAAGUUUGUCCAUACUGUCCAUUGGAGAGAGGCGCUGAAUAUCCUGAAGCUCGUCGUUUCUCGAUCAGCCAGCUUGGUGCAGCCUUCGUUCCCACAGAGUGACCUUUCCUAUGAGGACAUCAGCUGCAUCUGGGACCGAUCUUCCAAGGCUCUGCCUGGGAAAACACUGGAUUUCCACUUUGACAUAUCUGAGACCCCAGUGAUUGGUCGCCGCUUUGAUGACUUGCAAUGCUCACCGGGUCGUGAUGCCAAGAGCAGUAAGACAGCAGUGACCCGUAGCACCUCCUCUACCUCCUCUGAAUCCAACUCCAACAAUGUCCUGGUGCCAGUCAGCUGGAAAAGACCUCAGUCCUCCCAGAAAAGAACCCGAGAAAAACUGGUAAAUGUGUUGUCUCUGUGUGGACAAGAAGUCGGCCUCACAAAAAAUCCUUCGGUGAUUUUCUCUAGCUGUGGGGACUUGGACCUCAUGGAGCACCAGCCCAGCCUGGUGUCCUCCGAUGAGGGCAAUCGUGAACUAGACAACAUGGACGACACCACCUCAGAGCAGCAGUUCAGAGUCUUUAGAGACUUUGACUUCUUGGAUGUGGAGCUUGAAGAUGGGGAGGGAGAAACUAUGGACAGCUUUAACUGGGGGGUGCGUCGGCGCUCUAUGGACAGUUUGGAUCAAAGUGACCUCCAGCCUCUGGAGGAGAGUCCGCUGUCCAGCAGCAUGCCCAGCCUCAGCAAGAUCACACGUGAAGACUCAGAUGAUUCGUCUGAGGAGGACUCCCUAACUGCCAGUCAGAUACUCUCCCACUCCCAGCUCACUGUCAACCUCUCUCCAACUGCAGAGAUCAGUAGCAUGGAUGCGCCGUCUGCUUUUUUUGAUAAAACUUCGGCAGAUUCCUCUCCUCCUAGUACCAAAAACCCCAGUUUCGAUGUCCAACUGCCAGAAGACUCGAAGCAGAGGAGUGAGUUUUCACAAGAAGAGGAGGACACCAACGUCCAUGAAGACGAUUUGUCUCUCUCCAUCAGUGACCUUCACCUCGAGUGUCACUCAGAGGACAGCUUGACGACAGACUUGAUUUCCGGUGGUUGUAAAGCAGAGCUGGACCUCGACUCCUGCGCACUUAGUCUUGCAGAAGAAGAGACGGAUAACCUCCUGGAGUCGCACUCCUCACCGCCACCAUCGCCUUUCUUCUCUGCCAUUCUGGCUGCCUUUCAACCUGCAGUGUGCGACGAUGCAGAGGAGGCCUGGCGGAGUCACGUCAACCAGCUUGUGUCGGACUCUGAUGGAUCCUGUGCAGUCUACACCUUUCAGGUGUUUUCAUCCCUGUUCCAGAGUAUUCAGAGUAAAUUUUGUUUGCUGACCGGUGACGCUGUGAAUUACAUUGGCGACGGUUUGAGAGGAUUAGGAUCAAAGUUCAUUAAGUCGUCUGAGAUGCUGACCUCGUGCUCAGAGUGUCCAACACUGUUUAUUGAUGCAGAUACAAUCAUGUCCUAUGGGCUCCUGGAAAAAAUGAAAUUCAGCGUGUUGGAACUUCAAGAAUACCUCGACACUUACAACAACAAAAAGGAGGCGGCUCUCAGUUGGUUAAAGGACUGUAAAGCAACUUUUCCCAGAAACACUGAAGACCCAACAGUAACAUGUCAGCCAGCUGAGCAUGAGGAAAAGCAAAUGGAAACUCUAGCUCAACUGGAGCUCUGUCAAAGACUUUACAAACUGCAUUUUCAGUUGCUGCUGCUUUUUCAGUCCUAUUGUAAGCUGAUUGAGAUGGUCCAUGCAAUAAGCUCUGUUCCAGAGCUCACAGAUAUGUCACAAGAGUUAAGUCAGUUGAAAAGCAAUCUGAGAACAGCGGCCGCCUCGGUGACUGCAGAUGAAGUCGCCGUCUGUGGGAGCGCUCGCUCUGAGCCCGUCUUCAGCUCCUCUGAAGCUGCAGUGCAGGCCAUCCUGGAGAAUCUGAAGAUCAAUGAGUUUCAAACAGCCGUUCGCUGCAUCCGUGAGUGCAGAACAACAUGGCCCAACGACAUCUUCGGCGCACAUUCUGAGGAUGAGGUCCAAACGCUGCUGAACAUCUAUUUCCGACAUCAAACUUUAGGUCAGACAGGAACGUUUGCUCUGGUGGGAUCCAAGCAGGACCUCACGGAGAUUUCUGCCAAGCUGAUGGAGCUUAACGGAGAGACACGUGACAUGAUCCGUCGAGCCCAGGGCUACAGCGCCAUCACAGCUUUCCUUCCAGACUCCAGGAUUUCAGGAUCAACUCUGUAACCUGGGAACAGUGGAAACAGAAAACUGUAAUCCACCCUGUUUUCUUUCUUUACGUUUACGGCAGCUGCUUUCACUUUUAUUUUGAAAUCAAUCUGUGCUCUCUCUGGGAAUAAAUACAUGUUCCUUUUAGAGAAUGUCUGACAGUUAGAUUGUCAGAAAUGCAGCAAUACAUUUCUCUUAAAUAGCUGACAAAGAUGAGCUUUUCUUGCACUACCAAUAGAAGCAGUCACAAAGCAACCGCCUUGCUACUGAGGACAACUGUAACAUUUAACAAUGAUACCAAAGUUAGGAGAUUUUUCAUUGGAUUUCAUGUUUUAAAUAUAUAUAGGGAAAACGUGCAAUUCUUCACUAAAGUGGAAGACUUUUUUUGUCUGCGGAACGAAUGUAUUUGAAUAUCACAGGAUUAAAAACACUGUAAGAAUAGAAUACAAGGAAAUAAAACUGGAUAAACUGAUGUGUGCUGUUUUGUGAGGGAGCCUCUGAGUUGUGAAUGCUCUUGGGUGUUUGAAAUUAAUCACAAUAUUGGCGUAUUUGACUCUGAUUUGUGUGAGUGGUUGAUGUUUUACUUUGACAGAAUGCAAAAAAACUACUGUAAUAUAAAAAUAAAUAAAUAUUAAGAAGAAAGGAAAAUAAAACCCUCCAUGCUGCUCUGUGGGUUAUCUGUUACUUACAAUAUUUUUACAGUACCUAUUAACAGAGCAACUUUGCAGACAGAAAAAUUAUUUAUAUUUAAAGAGAAAACAUGCUUUUAUCAAACUAGAUUUGUAGAAGACAAAUAUCUUUUUGACCUGUUACACUUGCCAUGCUUGGAAAAUCUGUGUACUAUGAAAAAAUAGGAACCUUUAAAUAAAUAAACUAUUUUAUUUGAUGACUUGUAUAUAUUAGAAUUUUGCUCAGAGUUCUAAGAUUGUAUGUUUAUGACAUUAACUAAGUUUCAUGCUGAAUGAGUAAACAUAAAUGUCAAGCUUCAAAAGCUGUAGCCUUGUAAAUAUCUCUGCCUUGUACUGUAUUUUUGUGACCUGUACACUUAAUGGCUCUCAAUAAAUUUGUUAACAAAAAAAGA